AUUGCCUCAAAGACUUCAUAUGAAAUAUCUGAAGUAGUACUGUUUUUUUAGGUCUGUUUCAUACCCUUGGUAUUUCAUUGGACAUUAUUUUAUGUGGUUUCUUCUGUAUAGCACCUUUUUUAUUUGUACAUUUUGGAGCUAUUAGCAUGUUAUAUUUGAUAUCUUGGCGCAACCUGUACUAUGCUUAAUGUAGUUCGGCCAAAGCUGGUGUGAGGACUCCUGUUUGUGUUCCACGGAUGACAACUGUGGAUCAGACCUACGCCAGCAUUGAGUUCUGAUAUAACCUGCAACAUGUAUCUGGCAUUUACAUACUUGGUGAAACCCACUCUUGGUGAAAAUUCCACUCAAGCAGAAAUAAAAGCAGCUCUCACCAGAAAGUGCACUGAUCCUGAACCGGACUUAAAGGAAUGCCAGCUCUUCAGGCAGGAGCACCGUGACCAGACUCAAAUGAUUCAGAUUGUUCAAACACCGCCGGCCGGCCAGGAAGCAGGUGCCUGUCCUUUUGUUUCUAGUGCUGCUGCUGAGGAACAUUCUGGUUGUUCGUCUGGACCAUCUUACUUGUGCAAAAGCCUAGACAAUGCUAAGGAGUGUGAGGCUGUCAGUCGAUGUUUGGAACAUGUGUGGCAUUAAAGACCUCUCCAAUACAAUUUCAUGCAUUAGGAUAUUCUAUUCUAAUGAGAUU